ACACCACAAGCUUAAAAAUCGAAUGAUUUCCACUGACACCACCAAACCAACCCAAGUUGGACAGGCAAUAGGCCCCGAAUUUGAUAUCCUGGGCUUGAAACGGGUCCCAAGGAAAAUCGCACGAUGUUUUUUUUCUUGUGUUGCCAACAACCAAAACUGUUUUGCCCACCUUGGGCCAUUUUGGCUAGGCCUGCUAGGGUAACACACUCAGCACGUAAUACUACUGGUAGGUAUUGUGAUUUUUUUGGGCCUCUUUUUGUGGUCUGUGUUCAUGGCAUCUUGGAAGAGAUCCACAGAGGCAUCAGAAACGGGGCCUGGUCUCUUGUUUUCUUUUUUCUCAUUUGUUUGUCUGCCACUUCAUCUUCGGACGAGCGGCAGUUACAUUUCUUCACCACUGAUCUCAGGGGUCCUACGUACGUACCGUAGAAGUGUUCAGAAACUGUUCCCGGGGUGUCGCCUGCUGGUAAAGGCUUUUCGACUGGGAGAGAAGAGACCACGCGCUGUCGUGAUCUGCCAUAAUUUUCCGGCCUGACGCCUUCAUCCCAUUUUUGUUCUGUUCUUGAGACUCCGAUCAUCCCUUUCCCCUCAUUUUGCGGAGUUGCAUUGAAAAAGCGGGCGACGUUAUCGAAAGAUCAAAGAGGACGAGCCAACAGUCUGGUACUGGUGGCCCUCUAAGCGCGCCUCUGGGAUCUCAUGGACUGUUGGUCCCAGGACUCUCUUGGUUAUCCUCUUUGUUCACAUGCGAUCUCCGUGAGAGUGCCCGUCUACACUAAGUCACACUCGCUGUGCUGGGUUUACAUUCGCUGUGCUGGUUUUAGUUUGGUCCGUCAAAGGCCACCCAACCGGAACACACCAACACAAUGGUGCUCACAUUCAUCGCCGGCUUCGGCGCCGUCUUUGGCGCGGCCGAGGGUAUCCGCGCGUCGCAGGCCAAGUCGCGACGCGAAGAGCACCGCAGCCGCAAGAACAACCUCUUUGUCCACUGCAUGAAGUCGACUCAGUACAGCCACCUGCUGGAGGGGAAGCAGGUCGUCCUUUCUGGCCACAUGUGCUUCAUCGACACGGGCAUGGCACACGACACCCCCUACGGCCAUCCCUUCCUGGGCUACUACCUCCCCUACCCGGAAGCCAAGUACUCGGGCCUCGUGAGCACCAUCACGGACGAGGCCCCCAUCAUGAACUGGGUCUUUGUCCACCACGAGACCUACCAGCUCAUGUACGGCAACCGGCAGCAGUCCGAGGGCCAGCUAUGCGGACCCUGGGACUGCACCCGCCAGGACAAGCGCCUGACCUUUGCCGGCUGGGAGGGCUUUUGCGCCGUGCUCGAGGACGCAGGCUACUGGGGCGUGUAUUUCGACGUCGACGGCGACAUGCUCCGCCGCCGGCUGCCGGGCAAGAUCGUCAUUGAGAUUGAGCUGGAGCGCCGCGAGCAAAAGACGAGGAAGCCCGUGUUCGAGGAGGACAUGUCGGCCGAGGACAAGCUCAAGGAGGCUCAGGCCGAGGCCGAGGCGCUCGCAAAGGUCCGCGAGGCGCAGGCCGCCGCCGCUGCCGAGGCUCAGGAGAGGGCGAGGGAGCAGGCCCGGAGGCAGGCAGAGGCGCAGCAGAAGAGGAAUUCUCAGCAACAGCAGCAGCAGCGACAGCCGAGGCAGGCUCGUGCCAAGUCACCCCCGAAAGGGGCAUCAUCUCCUCCGGCAACACCAAAGACGCAGUCAGAAAAGGGCAAGCAGGAGCAGGAGCAGCAGGCACGGUCGGAGGGCCAGCCGAGGCGACGGCGGAGGUCCAAGGACAAGAACGGCGGCAGGGACGGCGCAAAGAGCCCACAGUCCGACAGCGGCGCACCGGGACCUUCGUCGACUUUUCGAAACGCCAAGUCGCCCUCCAAGCCGAAGCGGCGGCCGGAUCCGCUGCGGUCCCCCAGCAGGGCGCCGAGCCAGACGCACAGCCAGGCCUCGUCGCGGUCGCACCGGACGAGCAGGACGGGCGACGAGGGCAGCGUCAGCACGCGCGCCUCGACGCAGCGCAGUCGCGGACGUCCCCAGCACCGCCAGAGCGCAAGCCGCGGCGGUGGCGUGGGCGGAGGAGGAGGAGGAGGUGGGCAGCACGCGGCGGGGAUGAAGAGUCCGGUCUCGAACCCGUCGGUCAAGGCCCGGAUGCAGAACCGGCGGGCGUCGAUGGCGUCGAUGAAGAGUCCCGUUCGGGAAACUGAGGCGCCAAAGAUGCUCGGGGUGAGGGAGGAGCUUGAUGUCAGCUUUCCCAGGCUGGAUGAGCUGAUACGAUCGCUCAAGUACCAAAGCCCGAGUGUGGAGGACUCGGACGAAUCCGAAGACAUGCCGCCGUCGCCAGAUGUGGACUAGAGCAGCUUGGUUGUUGUGUGGACAAGUGUACAGAAAGUUUGGCUUGGAUCGUGGCUUCAGCAUGGUGUUACUGGCGUCUUGAUAGUUGGCUGAGUAAUUGUAUCUCAGUACGUGUCACAGUAAAGGUGCUCUGCGCCCGUUUUCUUUCUCUUGACUCGGAGUAGAAACACCUUAGAUGGCAUAUUUAAUACUUUAUUUAUUCGUACGGGUAUAACAAACGCCAGAGUAUAAAGAUAACCUCAAUGCAAAACGCCGCCUAACAAUUAGUUCCAA